CUGCUACGUUUUGUGAGAUACGGCUGUGUCUGAGUGGGAGAUGGACUGAGUGAGGGCGCUCUUUCGACCAGUGCUGCUGAUAGCAUUGAAAUACACACAAGCUAGGUUGAAAUUAUUGACAAUUUUAGAUCUCCAAAUCAACAAGAAGAAUAGAGUACCGUGAUCAAUCUUUCACAUCCCACUCCACACACACUAACACGGCAUUGAUGGUAAUGUAUGCAAGGAAACAACCGAGACUCGGCGAUGGGUGCGACCGAAGAGAUACUCAGCCCUAUCAGGCUCUCAAAUACUCGUCCAAGAGCCAUCCAGGAGGGGACCACCGACAUGAAAAGAUGCGAGACUCCUCAGAUGUCACUCCUCCCUGCAAAAUGCUCAGGAGGUCUGACAGCCCUGAAAACAAACACAUCGACAGCACAGGGCACAGCAGAGCAAAGGCUGUCCAUACACACCGGGCCAGAGACAGGGAUGGAGGGACCAGUUUUUCUCCACAAGAAAACCCUCACAACCACAAUUCCCUUCAUAGCUCCAACUCACAUUCUAACCCCAGCAAGACCUCAGACACACCUCACGAACCCGGGGACGACUGGUCAGAGCACAUCAGCUCGUCCGGAAAGAAAUAUUAUUACAACUGCAGGACAGAGGUGUCCCAGUGGGAGAAGCCUAAAGAAUGGUUGGAGAGAGAACAGAGGCAAAAAGAGACGACAAAGACUGCGGUUGUCAACAGUUUCCCCAAAGACAGGGACUACAGACGGGAGGCUAUGCAAGCAUCGGCAGCCCCCGGCUUCACUGCAGCUAAGUCAGCCCAGGUGGAGAAGCCUGCAGCCACGCAGUCAUCGUCAUCUUCUGGCUCUGGGGGCUUGAACGCCUCAUCGGGGCCCCACGGAUCAUCAGCCUCCACGGUGCCUGUGUCCCCAGUCCUGCAGUCCCCUGCCCCCCCACUCCUCCAUGACCCCACCCUGCUCCGCCAGCUCCUCCCAGCACUUCAGACCGCGCUGCAGCUCAACAACGCCAGCGUAGACAUGGCGAAAAUCAACGAAGUUCUCACAGCUGCUGUCACACAGGCUUCAUUACAGUCGAUGCUCCAUAAGAUCCUCACUGCUGGACCAUCAGCUUUCAAUAUCACUACUAUCCUCUCUCAAGCUGCUCAGCUCUCCAACCAAGCAGCUCAGCAAUCGAACCAGUCCCCCAUGUCGUUAACAUCGGACGCCUCAUCGCCCAGGUCUUAUGUUUCUCCGAGGAUCAGCACGCCACAGAGCAACGCCGGUCACAACAAACCCCUCCACAACACGCAGCCCGCCAUCUCACAUUCAAAAGCGAGUACGACAUCAGGGAAGCAGUCCUCUCAUCCCCAGCCCUCCUCCCAACAGACCCUCUCCAGCGAGAAGCAGCACAGUCACGAUGCCUCCACGGCCUCCCCCCGCAACCUGCAGCGCCAGGGCAGUCAUAGGAGCCCCUCCCCGGGUCCCAACCACGUCUCCUCCUCCUCCAGCAGCAGCCACGCCCCCAACUCUGCCUCCGCUUCCGCCUCAGCAGCCCGGACCUCCUUCACCCCCUCCCUCGCCGCCCACUUCAACGAGAAUCUUAUCAAGCACGUGCAGGGCUGGCCUGCCGAGCACGCUGAGAAACAGGCAUCGAGACUACGUGAAGAGGCGCACACCAUGGGGAGCAUCUGCAUGUCGGAGAACUGCACCGAGCUCAAAAACCUGCGCUCCUUGGUCAGAGUCUGUGAAAUACAAGCGACAUUGCGUGAGCAGAGGAUACUGUUUCUGAGACAGCAAAUCAAAGAACUAGAAAAGUUGAAGAAUCAGAAUUCUUUCAUGGUCUGAGGACUUCUGCAGUUGAAGCAGGGGGGUUGUGGGAGAAAAAGGGGGAAGACCCAUUGCACAUAGUUGGAAGCUGGAGGGCGAGCAGCCGGUCACUUCGUCUGGAGCCCAGUCUUAAACACAGGAGCUGCAGUUUGGACCGUCGGGCUGGAGAACCAAGAGUGAAACCUGACGAGCUGUCGCAGGGGGGGCUGCUUUACAAGACUUGAUUCUGUAAAAAAAAAAACAAGCCCACGGCGGGGGGGGAAAUGUAGAUUUCUUGUAGAUGUUAUUAUCUAUGUUGUACAUACGUUUUGUAGAUUGAAUGCCAUGGAAAGCCAUGCCUACUAAAGCUUUUGACAUCCAAACUAAUCAACGGCUAGGCGGCUACAUUCAUUAGCUAGUCUCUCCUUCAUUUUAACGCAGACUUUAAAAAGCUUCAUUUGGUCAUAGAUCAUUGAACCAUUAAGCAUGUGUGACCUAAGCGGAGGAGGAAGCCAUUAAUAUACACACAAGCCUAGCACCGGUGUCAAUGUAGUUUAAAUAUCUCUAAAUUCUCUUCCUGUGAAAUAUAAGCUGUACUCAGGCGCCAUGGACGUCCCCUCUCUUUGGUCUUUGCUGAAAGACGGUUCACUGAUCUUCUCGCAGCUCCUGGCGGCUCUGCAUGUCCCAAUCUGAGGAUAAAAAAACAGUGCCUGGUGGUGUGGUGGAAUGAGUGAUUUAAAUUGAGAUGUGAUGGUGUGCUGCUUUGGACCAUUCCCCCCCUCCCCCUGGCCUCCGCCCUGCCCUGCCACACCCUCAACACUCACAUCCCUGGAGUAGUUUUUGGUUCCUUUCCCCCCCCCUCUCUCUCAUAUUCUACGAAGAGGCGGGUACCACUGGUUCAUUCCUUUGUACAGUCGCUAACCAGCAGAGGUUUUAUUUAUAAAUAACAACGAUAUCCACACACUUUGAUUUGCACCCAUAUAAGGAGUGGUCCUCCAGCAGGGUGGGGUUCAAGGCGGAUGUAUGUGGAUCACCUCUUGUGUCAGAGCGGGGCAGCAAGAGGGCACACGGUCAAAUGUGAAAUGUAUGUAUUGUAAUAAAGAUGUUCAACUAAAGCGAGCACUGGUUAUUUUAUUGGAGUUUUAGGUUUGGUUCUUACGCUAGUGCCUUGUUGAAAGUCUUAAGUGUCACAGCCUCGUUUACCUGCAACACCCACACUUUAUUUCACCCGACAGGAACAGAUCUUCAACAAGCAUGUCAUGCACACGGUUGUUGUUUUUCUAGCACGUCCCAUCCCGCUCUUGUUUGUUCCCCACUGUUGAAGAGCAGGGUUCUCAGCUGUUUCAUUUCCACAAUACUAUCUAUUGGGUCUAACUGAACUGCAACACAUUCAGUAACGGUGACCACGUCAUUGCUUUGUAUAUUGUUUCCUGACAUAUAUUGACAAAUGAAAUAAAAUAUGCCUCUCUGGGG